AUGUGGUUCGCAACCGAAGAUGUACUCCUCCAGCCGGACAUGGAAGUGUACACCGUGGACGGGGCGGCGAUACUCGACGCAUGGGCCCAGCUGCGUGGUGUCUCAGUCGAGGUGGCUGGCGCCCGCCAUCCUGAUCUCCUCGACUUCGCCGGAAACCAUUGUCUAUACUUUGCUGCGAUACAGCGGUGGAUCCCAAAGGCAGUGGGCGAGGAUACAGAGGAUUCGAGGAACACAGGUCUUGAAGCCAAAAGUUCCGACUUCGCGAUCCCGGACUCGUCCUCAUCGGCCUUAACUAUUGGCAAUAGCGCGCGCCGGAGCAGACUUCGCGAUGCAGGUGUUACAGAGCUUUUCGAGGACAAACCCAAUUUGUCGGAUAUCUGGAGCGAGGAGAACUUGCCAGUAUCCUCCACAGGCCAUUCUCCCUCCCGCGAAACGAGCGGUACCUUUCCACAGCAAACGAUCGGAAUUCUGUAUAUGUGCGCCGGCCGCAUGGCUCAGGAAUUGAGCCUUGGGCUGACAAUACUUCCCCCAUUCCGGGGUUACGGGUACGCGAGGCAGGCGGCCACUAUCGCCCUUCGGUGGGCCUUCGAUGAACUGCGGUGCCAUCGGGUCCAGGUGCUCAUCAUGGACGGUCCUCACGCCAACGACACUUCGCGCUUAUUUGCGCAGCUCGGAUUCACCCACGAGGGCACUCUGCGCCGGGCCUUGUUGUGUGAAAAUGGCUGGAAGGACGUUGAGUGUGUCGCCAUGCUAGACACGGAGUGGUGCGUAGGCGUGCAAAGGCGCGAAGCGCAGAGUCGGUGGGACGUCCUGCUGGCAAGGCAUCAGCUGGAGCUCGAGCAGCUGUUGGAGUGGGAAGAAAAGAUCCAGCAGGACAGAGGCAAGGGGAACUUGAAGAGUACAGCGAGCAUGGAGACCAUAAAAUGCGCAGUCGUCGAUGUAUCUCUUGCCGUCCCUGUCGAGCGUGAGGAGGUGGAGAUGGAGGACGAUGACGGAGAGCGUUGCCCCUUUUCUUACUGCAGCGCAGCCUCCUCACGUAUGUCUUCGCCCAGCCCCGGACUUCCUGAAGUAUGCGCGAGCUCGGGGUCUCCUCAGCUCGAGUACGCAGAUCCUACACCUCGCCUUCCGCCCCCUGCUCCAUCAGACAGCCUGCAUCUUUCCAUCGACCGGCCGCGCAAGUUUGAGUCGGUGAACGAGUCCGAUUGGGAGUUGGCGAGCGCAUCCUCUGAAUCAGACUUCGCUUCAGAAGUGUCUAUUCCGGGCGAUGACAGUCCUGAGCUCGAUUUCGAACGGCCUUCAUCGGCUGGCAGCAUGUCGAGCUGGUCCGAGUUGGAGACCUCUUCCGUCGAAUCUGUAGCGUUGGAACGGCGGCUGUCAAUUGGCGACCGCUGA